CUCUCCUCAAAUUUGUCGUCCUGCUGUUUCUUUUCUCUCUCCUCAAGAGCUUCCACCUUGGAGGUCCAUGGAGUUUCUCUCCCUCCUCGCUGUGGUGUCCUACUGCUUCUAAAGCUGCCAUUAUUCUCCGAUAUAGUUCGUGGAGAAUAAGUGAUUAUAUAGAAAGAAACUACGGCUCCACGCUACUGGGCUUUCGUGAAUUUAUGGGGGAGUUUCGGAGGGAUUUAUAGGGGGUUUAGCGCAGGAUAACUGAUUGAUUUGAAGAAUGCCGGCGCACAGAUCGAAGCCAGAGAAUCAUGAGGAGGCCAAGCCGCUCCGGCGGGACCCUUACGAGGCUCUCGGCCUCUCGAGGAACUCCACGGAUCAGGAGAUCAAAAGUGCUUACCGAAAGAUGGCUCUUAAGUACCAUCCUGACAAGAAUGCAAAUGAUCCUAAAGCAGCCGAUAUGUUUAAGGAGGUCACCUUUUCCUAUAAUAUCUUGUCUAAUCCAGACAAACGGCACCAGUAUGACACGGCUGGUUUUGAGGCUGUUGAUUCAGAAAGCCAAGACUUGGAGCUAGAUCUGUCAAGUUUGGGAGCUGUGAACACCAUGUUUGCUGCACUUUUCAGUAAACUUGGUGUGCCAAUCAAGACCACUGUGUCAGCAACAGUCCUGGAGGAGGCACUUAAUGGUAUAGUCACCAUUCGCCCACUUCUGUUGGGCCAGCCUAUAUCUAAGAAGGUCGAGAAGCAGUCUGCUCACUUUUAUUCUGUUACAAUAGAAGAAGAAGAAGCUCGAGCGGGCUUUGUAUGUCGAGUGCAAUCAUCUGACAAAAGCAAAUUCAAGUUGUUGUACUUUGAUCAGGAAGAGAAUGGAGGAUUAAGCCUAGUGCUGCAGGAGGACAGUGCGAAGACAGGAAAGAUAACAUCGGCUGGAAUGUAUUUUCUUGGUUUUCCUGUUUAUCGGCUGGAUCAAACAAUGAAUUCGAUGGCUUCUGCAAAAGAUCCAGAUGCUGCCUUCUUCAAAAAGCUGGAUGGGUUUCUGCCAUGUGAAAUAACUGAACUGAAGGCUGGCACCCAUGUAUUUGCUGUUUAUGGUGACAACUUUUUUAGAAGUGCAAGCUACACAAUAGAGGCUCUUUGUGCGGCACCUUGUAAAGAAGAGAAGGAGUAUCUUAGAGCUGUAGAAUCUCAAAUUCUAACAAAAAGAGCUGAAAUAUCAAAAUUUGAAACUGAAUACCGAGAGGUUAUGGCACAAUUUACGGAGAUGACUAGUAGAUAUGCACAAGAAAUGCAAGCAAUUGAUGGCCUUCUCAAGCAAAGGAAUGAAAUACACGCAUCAUACACUAAUGCUCCAAUGAAGCAGAGUACCAGUAAGAGAAAGAACAAAGGUUCCUUCAAGGAGGCCACAGAAGAUGGUGAGGUCAGAGAGAAGAGAUCUACGGUAAGGGGUCAUCCUAAGAAAAAGAAAUGGUACAAUAUCCACUUGAAGGUUGACAGAAGAAAGCCCUGCUAGUGCUGAAGAGGGUAAGAUUUGUAACUAUGAAUUUUUCAGUUAAGCAAAUUCAGGUAGUCUGCACUCAAAUUUUUGUUGUGAUGGGUUGGCAUCUCCACAAGAAAAGUACCAUGCCAAGCGAUUGCAGCAACCUAUCGUGUUGAUCCUGGUGAUUAUGCUGGAAUGCUCCAUUACUCUAGCAUGUCAGGUGUGACAAUAACUCGUUAAUGUAGGAACACCCCACCCCACCCCCCCUUCCCCACCUCUCCUUUUCAUUUCCUUGGCAAUUCUUGUUCUUUUCCUCAGUAUCCUUGGUCUUCAUUCCUGUAAAUCGCCUAAUUUAUUCACGAAGUUCAUUCCAUCAACUUGUUGCAUCGGAUGUAUUUUGCGAUUAAAGAAAUGGGAAAAAAAUAUGAGAUGAGAUUUCCUGCUGCUAA